AUGGACUAUGAAGAGGAUGAUGAUAUCUCCUUUGCAAAAUGGAUGAGCAGUUUCUGGGGACACAGUGUGACUGAUGAAAAGGAAAAAGAAAGUAGAGCACACAAGAAACACCAGGAAAGAUCCUUGGGUGAAAGGAGAGCCUCCCUUCCGGCCAAGCUUUCUUCUAUCCACACAAGACUUCAUGCUUCUGCCAAGAUCCCAUCACCAGGCCAUCUGAAGGGUUGCAAAGAAUUGCGAAAAGACCAAGAUACAAAAUGCCAUUGUCAUACGAAAGCAUGCAAAAAAUCCUUGAAUGGUCAUUCUUCUCAAGGGACAAGUGGCCCAAACAGUAGAUCAAACUCCAUCCAGGAGUUUUCAGAAUCCUUUGAAAGGCAACUGCAUUUCAAAAACAAGCGCUCAGUUUCUUUGGAACCUGAAGGGAUGAAAGAGAGGAGAGAGAGAGAGAAACUGCAUAUUCCUAAGAGCAGAUCUCACAAGAAAACGGGAGAAAAGAAGGAACUAAAGACAGAGCAAGAGGAAGGAGAACAUUAUGCGGCAAGGCAGGGUUCUCCGCCACUGAAAUCCGUGGCUUCAAGCCGGCCAAUGGGCGCCCGUUCUGUCCAUGGAGGACCCUCCACGCCCGGACACUCUCCCUCCCUCCGCUUCGGGCCCCCUCCACCUCAGUGCCACAUCACUGCGGCCUCGGCUGUCCUGCUUCUCUCCGCCGACAGAGGGCGCCUGGGCGCCUCGGGCGUGGUGGGUCUUCUUCGAGACGGACUCCUCCUGCAGCCCAUCCGGAGGCGAAAGGAGGCAAAAGCCACCAAUGGGAAGCGGCGGCGGGGCGGAGCGUUGCGUGAGAAGCGGCCGGCGUGA